GCCAAAGUAUGAAAGUGACGGUGUGUUUCGGCAGGACUCGGGUGGUGGUACCGUGCGGAGAUGGGAAUAUUAAAGUCCACACGCUCAUCCAGCAGGCCACCAUGAGGUACAGGAAAGCCAUAGCCAAGGAUGCAGGAUACUGGGUGCAGGUGCACAGGUUGGAGCAUGGUGAUGGAGGCAUUCUGGAUCUGGAUGAUGUUCUGUGUGAUGUUGCAGAUGAUAAGGACCGGUUGGUGGCCGUGUACGAGGAGCAGGAGCCUCAUGUGGGAGGUGAUGGGACCAGUGCCAGCUCUACAGGUACCCAGUCUCCAGACCUCUUCUCCACAGAAGUCUCCUCCUCCACCCCGAUCUCCGCCUUCCAGCCCUUCCACACCUACCAGCCCAACAGUGAGAUCGAGGUCACGCCCUCCACCCUCCGCACCAACAUGCCGCUGCACGUGCGCCGCAGUAGUGAUCCAGCCUUACUGAGCCUGGCAGGGAUUUCCUUCACUGAGCCUCGCUCUCAACCUGAAGAGCCCUCCAGAAAGAACCCCACACGCUGGUCCACCACAGCGGGCUUCCUCAAACCCCGACACUCCACUGGAACCAGCAGUCUGGAGAGAAAGGGUCGAGGUCUGGAUACGUACCGGAGUCUUCCUCGUGAUGCAGGCCACUGGACCAAUCAGAGAGACUUCCAGCGAGAGACGGCUCGCUCCUCUUUGAGCGCCAAUCACCCCAUGGUGGACCGCUGGCUGGAGCGGCAGGAGCAGGAGGAAGCUCGAGAAGAGGAAGACAACGGACGGAUUGAUCCAGUGGGGCGAGCAGAUACCUGUUUAGAGCACGUGGGAGUGAGGUCACUCGAUGAUAUAGUGAAGCUGGUGGAGGUGUCUAACGAUGGAGGGCCGCUGGGUAUUCAUGUCGUGCCUUUCAGUGGCCGUGACCGAAGGACGCUGGGUCUGUUGGUGAAGAGGUUGGAGCGUGGAGGGAAGGCACAGCAGCAUGCUCUGUUUCAGGAGAAUGACUGCAUCAUUCGCAUCAACAACGGUGAUCUGUGCAACGUCCGCUUCGAACAAGCUCAGAACAUGUUCCGGCAGGCGAUGCGUUCUCCUCUGAUACUCUUCCACGUGGUUCCGUCAGCGAGGAGAGCGGAAUAUGAGCAAAUCUCCCACAACGAUCAAAACCCCGCCUUCAACCACACCAACCCCGGCCGCCUCAGCCCCAACUCUCUCACCGCCGAGCCAAUCAGCACCCCUGCUCUCGACUCCGCCUCCCAGAGGAUUCCACAGCCCAGGCCCAACCCACGGAAUGAUCCUAUACACCAUCCCGCCGGCCCCAUGGGCAAACCCCCCUUAGGUCAGAUCUCCUCCCCUCAGCGGUCUGUAAGCUCCACCCCCACGCCGGGUUUCAGUAAGCGGUUCGGGCGGAGACUCGGGAUCCAGCUGAAGAAAGGUCCAGAAGGUCUUGGCUUCAGCAUCACAUCCAGAGAUGUCCCCCUGGGAGGCUCCGCCCCCAUCUAUGUGAAGAACAUCCUACCAAGAGGGGCGGCCAUUAAGGAUGGGCGACUGAAGGCUGGAGACAGACUGCUGGAGGUUAAUGGAGUGGACCUAAAUGGGCAUGGUCAGGAAGAGGUGGUGUCCCUGCUGAGAGCCACGCCUAUGGGUGGAGCCGUCAAUCUGUUAAUUCUGAGACAGGAGGAGACUUUUCUGCCUAGAGAACUGAAUAUGGACUCUACAGUGCAGAACACAAGAGACUUGGUGGAGGAGGAGAUGGUGCUGACGCCUGACGGUACUCGGGAGUUUCUGACGUUAGAGGUGCCUCUGAAUGACUCUGGGUCGGCGGGUUUGGGGGUCAGUGUGAAGGGUAACAGAUCCAAGGAGAACCACGCUGACCUCGGGAUCUUCGUCAAGUCCAUCAUCAACGGAGGAGCCGCCUGCAAGGACGGGAGACUGCGGGUGAACGACCAGCUGAUUGCCGUUAACGGAGAGUCGUUAUUAGGAAAAACCAAUCACGAUGCGAUGGAAACACUACGGAAAUCCAUGUCGACAGAGGGCAACAAACGAGGAAUGAUCCAGCUGAUUGUGGCGAGACGAGUGAGCAAAAACAAUGAGGGUGAAGCUCCCUGCAGUCCUCGUGGAUCUGAGCAGAACUCACUUCCGGCUCUGGACGAUCAUGAGAGGAGGAUCUCGCACACGCUGUACGGAGGCAUCGAGGGGCUGGACGACAACCUGAGACCCCGGACCAACGUGGCCAACAGAGGACCGGGUCACUAUCAGCUCUCCCCCACGGUAAACAUGCCUCAGGAUGACACGGUCAUAAUUGAAGACGACAGACCCCCUGUUCUCCCGUCCCACCUGUCCGACCAAUCGUCCUCCAGCUCCCACGAUGACAUAACUUUCGUUAUGGAGGGGCCGCCAGCCUGGACUCAGGAAGUACCCUCUCAGAACGACAGUUCUCUGGGUGCAGGUGGUGAGGACGCCAGCGCGGCGUUCCAGAGGGAAGGCUUUGGUCGGCAGAGCAUGUCCGAGAAACGCACCAAGCAGUACGGAGACGUCAGCCAGCUGGACAUCAUCAAGACCCGCAAGUCCAAGAGCAUGGACCUCGUGGCUGAUGAGAUUAACCUCAGCACUCACACAGAGAACCAAUCAGGUUCCUCGUCACGUGACGUCGGCCCGUCUCUGGGCCUGAAGAAGUCCAGCUCUUUGGAAAGCUUACAGACAGCCGUCGCUGAAGCCACGCUUAAUGGGGACCUCCCCUUCCACAGGCCACGCCCUCGCAUCAUACGGGGGAGGGGCUGUAACGAGAGCUUCCGCGCUGCUAUCGACAAAUCGUACGACAGACCAGCGGCCAACGAAGAAGACGUGGAGACCAUGGACACAUUGGAGGAGGACACGGAAGAGAGCUCUCGCUCGGGGCGAGACUCCAUCUCCACCGUAGCCGACCUCACGCCGCUUCCUGUUGCCGAGCGACAGCAGCUCACCAAUGGCAACCAGCCUGCAGGUGAUAAGAAGAAAGAGAAAGGAGGGAAGGAGAAGAAGAAGCCGGAGGAGAAGGAUAAAGAUAAGGAGAAGAGUAAAGGGAAGAAAGGGAUGCUGAAAGGUCUAGGAGACAUGUUCAGGUUCGGGAAGCAUCGUAAGGAUGAGCGUAUGGAUAAGGGCAGUAAGUGGAGGCCGGAGGAGACGCAGGCUUCAGAGGAGGAGACGCACCGGAUGAGACAGGAACAAGAGAGAAUCCAGGCUAAGACGCGAGAGCUGCGUGAGCGUCAGGCUCGGGAGAGGGAUUACGCAGAGAUUCUGGACUACAGUACGGGAGGUGUACCCGGCGAGGAUCCGGAUCACUCCUACACGGGCAUCGCUUCACUUCAGGCCUCUCUGCAGCGUGGCACUUACCACGGUUACCGCACACCACCCGACUCGCCCUACACACACCCCAGCAACCGCAACGGACACCCUCCUGCAGACAGCAGUAGGCUGGCACCUAGCAACCACGACCGGAUACAGCGCCUACGCCACGAGUUCCAGCAGUCCAGACAGGAGGACGAGGAGCCCGAUGACCGGCAGCGCACCUACAGCCUGGAGCAGCCAUGGACGAGCGGUGGCUCACAGCACACUCAGUCGGGUCGUCACUCGGUGUCGGUGGAGGUGCAGCUGCAGAGACAGAGACAGGAGGAGAGAGACAGUUUCGCACAGGCACAGAGACAGUACAGCUCCCUGCCACGCCACCCUCGUAAAACCCCCAGUGUAUGUGAGGACCCCUGGGAGAAAGCCCACCCCUCCAGAGACGCUUUCCAGUCAGCUAAAGACAGCGGGCGCUACUCCAGCUACCAGGGGUCCCGCACCGCCCCCCGUCCCGCGUGGAGGAACGGACUCCCCACCUCGCCCAUGGGCGGCGGCUACAACGCUCGCGUCCUAUUGGAGGCCCAGGAGCUGCUGAGGCAGGAGCAGAAGCGGCGCGAGCAGGAGAUGAGAGGAAAGGGGGUGGCCCUGAGGGAGGACUACGAAGCGUCCCAGGAUUCCAAGGGGCCGUACAGACAGGACGUCCCGCCCUCGCCGUCUCAGCUGGUCAAACUCCACCCACAUCGCGUUCACACGCCGGAGAAAGCACGACUUUUCCACUCGUGAGAGAAAAAAAAGAGGUAUAAACGGAGGUAUAAGUGAAGGAUUGGUGAACUUUACUCUUUCUUCUGUGAACGAGGGAAGAGAUGGAAGGAUGGAGGAGAAGUUGAAUGGGCUGCACUCUUUAAAAAAAAAUGAAGGUACCAUGAAGUAAUACAGUGAUAGAAGCCAUGGAAGAACCAGCUUUGGUUCCCUGUAGAACCUUUUAACAAGAGGUUCUCCAAUGAUCCAUUGGUUUACAAGGUUCUUACAAACCACAAACGACACUACAGGGGUUGGACAAUGAAACUGAAACACCUGUCAUUUUAGUGUAGCUAAAUUGGAGCAGCCUGGUGGCCAAUCUUCAUUAACUGCACAUUGCACCAGUAAGAGCAGAGUGUGAAGGUUUAAUUAGCAGGGUAAGAGCACAGUUUUACUCAAAAUAUUGCAAUGCACACAACAUUAUGGGUGACUUACCAGAGGACAAAAGAGGACAAAUUGUUGGUGCACGUCUUGCUGGAGCAUCUGUGACCAAGACAGCAAGUCUUUGUGAUGUACUAAGGGCUACAGUAUCCAGGGUAAUGUCAGCAUACCACCAAGAAGGACCAACCACAUCCAACAGGAUUAACUGUGGACGCUGUAAGAGGAAGCUGUCUGAAAGGGAUGUUUGGGUGCUAACCACAUUAAACAUAAACAUAAAACCACGGCUGAUCAAAUCACAGCAGAAUUCAAUGUGCACCUCAACUAUCCUGUUUCCACCAGAACUGUCCGUCACCACAAUCAAUUAUUGUGGUCUAAAACCAGGUGUUUCAGUUUCAUUGUCCAACCCCUGUAUGUGGACAAAAGUAUUGGGACAAACAUCGUAAUUACUGAAUUCAGGUGUUUAUUCGGCCUUGUUGCUACGGGUAUAUAACAAAAUCAAUUUCCUAACUAUGAAGUGUACGUCUUUACAGAUGUUAAUAAAAGAGUGGGUGGAGCUAAAGAGCUUAAUGAACU